GCAGGGGAAGAAUGUCUGCCUCAAGAAAUAUCUCUUUUAGAGAUCUAGAUGGGGACUUAACAAAAGCACUGGCUCAUGUUCUUCAAGAUCUUUGUUCUGACUUUGCUGAGCUGUCGAGGCACGAAAGGGAAAGAUGGCCAUUGAAAUAUUACUGUCAUGCUGCACAAGAAAACAGGAAGAUAAAUCACCUUCUGUGUCCUGGUUGCCCAGGGCAACUCCUAAUGGAUGGGCCUACUCAGGUGCCUCUAUGGGCCUACCCUGGUUGGGAAAGCGUUCAAAUUUAUCUGAGUGAGGGCCAAGCCAGAAGAGGCACUAGAGAUCCACGAUUGCACCUUCUGACCUUUCAUUUAAGAACAUUAGAAGAGCCUGCUAGAUCCAUCCAAAAGCCCAUCUGUGAUGGGCCCAGUUCGAGAGAACUUCCAGGGGUACCAAGGUGAAUGAAGCCAGUGCAACAUGUUCAGCGUAGAGGAUCUCCUGAUUUCCCAUGGAUACAAAUUGUCUAAAAACCCCACCAAUUCAUAUGAGAACAGAACUGAUGGAUUCCAGCAAGAGAUCACAGAUAGGAGAGUUGGUCAUAGAACUGUGAAUGGGUUCCCGACAAACUCUGGAGCCAAUGUUGGCAGCGAGAAGACAGUAGCUAAAAGCUACCUGAAUGACAAUGAAGCUAGGCAUGCCAUCCAAGGGAGGCAGCUGGGUCCCAGUUACCAUAAAGACUUCUCGAGUUUGGCUAAUACUCAUGCUUCAGAAGGACGGUUUUAUGACCGACCGCAGUUAGCCUGGCCUUCACGUCCCAAGACGGAUAAAGAUCUUGCCUACUGGAGAAGAAGGGGCCAAGAUUUUAGCGUACUGUUGGGUUAUACUGACAGAGGAGACUCUGAAAUGAAAGGCAUGGCAGUGCCCUGUGCCUUGUAUGGGCUUGAUAAGGAAAGUCAGUGGGAAGUAGGAGGUGGAAUGGAGAAUGUGAGGAGAACUGGCAUGCAGGAGACCAUGAAUGCCCCUGGGGACUACAGGUGGCAAAGUCUAAGGACAGAAGGUUGGACCCAACCAACCAACUUUGGAGGACUCAUGACAGAUGGUGACAGAGAAAGGCUGCUUCAAGAGAUGUAUUCGGUGAGACGAGGAGGUACUGCCAUUGCCUCCCAUGCGAAGGGGAAAUCACAAUCUUUGCCAAGAGUUCUUUCACCAGAGAGCCUGCGGUGUGUUGAAAUGCCUUCCUUGGUCAACAGCAAGCAUUCGCUCCAUGGAACUAAAGCGACAUCUUGCCCCCCAAGUGGGUUCGGCUUGGAGACCUCCAAACACCCUGAGCCAGUGGCCCACUUCCAUCCCUUGCCCAAGCCUAAGUACGGCAGACCCCUGAAGCCCCCGUCAUACGAGCUGCAUCAGCAAACCAGGGGAAACCUAGAAGCCGGCUCGCUCCAGGAUGACCAACAGAAAGAUGAAGCCAUCUCCUCUUUGACCAAAGCAAACGAUCAGAUCCAGGAUGCUUGCAGCCAAGAUGCUGGUCUGGAGCCCCCUUUGUACAUACCCCCUCCCUGUUACAAAUCUCCAGCUCAGCAAAGUAUGAGCCGGCCUUUGCCUGGUGAAGUGCCUGACUAUGAUAUGUGCUUUAGUAAUGGUAUGCAGAGUCCAGUGGAGAGAACGAGAGCCAUGCUUGGUUACCAUCCCUCUGCUAGUACCUACUGCAAAGGUGAGCAGGUUCCUCGUGACAAGAAAAGCCACCUGAGGCAUGGGGAGGGCUACCUGUCUUCCGUCCAGUACAUUCCUUUUGAUGACCCUCGAAUCCGGCAUAUUAAAGUAGCGCACCAAGACAGUCUUCAGGACGAUGAGAAAUACGCUGUGGAUAAAAAUAGGACAGGCUCCCAUGCCUUCCAAGAGAGCUCUCUGGAACGAGAGUACAACAGUGCCUUUUUGGACUCUCUAAAUACUGCUGUGAAAUGUGACCAGGUCCCUGGCAGUUCUGCACACGGCGGCAAGUGGCUAGCUGAGUCCAGCGUCGAUCAAGACGGUUGUGCCUUGCCUAUCCAAAGAGACGGUUAUGACGCAGGUAAUGGCUUGGAUCACAGAUACCCAAAAGGCAGGCUGUCUGUCCAAAGCUCACAGAUGGAAACCCCCUGCGAGACCGUCACGAAAGUGAAAACGUUUGAACCUGGGACUGAGAUUCAGAGCAAGAGGAGUUCAAAGAAAAAAACCAACGAGACAAUAUUUUGUUUGGUCUCCGUCCCAGUUAAAUCUGAACUGAGCCUGCCUGAUACCGAUAGGAACAACAACUUAACCCAGGGAGCCGAGGAGAAGAAUGGGUUUGACGAUAGCGGGGGUCUGCAGGAACAAAGCCUCCUCAGUACCUCUUCCACGGACUUGGAGCUCCAAGCCCUUACAGGAAGCAUGGCCAAUAAGAAUGAGCUACAAAAACAGGAGUUGUGGUGGAGACCAGAGUUCAAACAAACGAAUGACCUCAGAUUCCUGCAGCCUGCAAAGCACAAGGAGCUCCAGUACUCUGGCUCAUGGCCAGGUGAUCAGUACAAAGACCAGCAAACGCAGACCAGCUUCACAGAAGAACCCAAAAUCUUGUGUCAUCGUCUCCAAUGCUUAGAACCCAGCAGCUCAAAUACUGUGACAGCUUCGCAGUUGUCAAGAUGUGGGGCAUCCACUGCGGAAGCAGAACAUCUAUCUGUGUUACAUGCCGAUGACAGAAAAUGUAGGCAGGUUGCACUCAGUGCAAAAGCUCCAGGGUAUCUUGACAAAGCUAGCAAUAAUGUGUGUUCUCGGACUGUAGUCCUUAGCCCAAAGGCAUGCCAGAAUCUGCCUUGUGCUUCAUGCACCCCUCUCCCUGGGCAGGAAAGAGAAACUACUUGUCUCAUCGGGGAGGAAGGAAGCUCCCCUUGCAGUAGUAAGGAGCUGUUUGGGCAGUUCCUCUUGAAACCUGUUAGCCGCCGUCCUUGGGAUAUAAUAAGUGAGCUGGAAAGUUUUAACAAGGAGCUUCAAGAGCAGGAAGAACAAAGUGAAGAUGGGGUAGAGAAUGAGAGUGUGGAGAAUGAGGACAACCAGGAGUCAGAAAGGGAGAAAGGAGAGAGGACAGAUAGCAGUGGGACCUCUAGGAUUGAUGGGCCAACCCAGGACCAUAGACCUGGCAUGCAGUCAGAAACUGUUAUAUCAGUCACUCCUAUAUUUAGACAGGAGAGGGAUAAAGCCAAACCUGAAAGUUUAAGUGCAUCUGAAAGCUCACGUGCAAGGGUCAUAUCUUGUGCCAGGUCCCAAAGCUGCUUGCAGGCAAAAGAGGUGGGUAGUUCAGUUAAGGCCACAAAUGAAUAUGUGGUUGCAGAAUCAAGGAAUCAGGAAGGUAGGAAAAGGACAAUAAAACAGGUUGUGAGUCCACACCCAGUCGAAAAAGUUCUGCCAAGCAGCUAUGACGAUGAGGAUCACUACAAUCCAUUCAACAGCAUUAACUUCAGUGAGGAAAUACAAGUUAAGAAUCACAGAGACAACAUCAACUUUGGUAGGCUGACAAAAAAUGCAGUGCCAUGGAAUAACUUGGCUUUGGACAGAGGGUCUGUAGGGCGAUUGUCUUUAACAAAUAGGAACCAAGGUCUCUCUGAGCCAGAUCUGAGAUCUGUAGGGUUUGAUGACGGUCAAGGACCUGAACUAGAUAGUCAUGGGAAACCUAUCACCAGUGAGAUCCCCCCAAAUGAAUCGCUUCAGGCAAGAGCAGCUCGGAUAUUGGGUAUAGAGGUAGCUGUGGAGUCCCUCAUUCCUGACAACAGCACUCUUCAAGAUGAACACUCUCACUCUGACAAUGUCCCCCAGAGCCUUGAAUUGCCAGAAGAAAGCGUGUCGGAGGGCAAGGUGGAAGCAAAAGUAUCUUAUUACGAAGGAAGACGAAAGUGUGGCUGGACAGAAAGCUCCCUCUUCGUUGGAGACAGAAACAUCUCAUUGGAGUCUAUUGAAGACCAGCCUUCCGGUCAAGCAGUUUUGAUAGCUGAACAAUGUUUUGAGCACCAUGGAGGUCUUGGUAGACCCAAAGCUGACCAGACUCCCUCUGCCGUGUCUGUUGUGCUUCCAUUUGCUGAAAGAAAUAUGGUUCCACCUGGUGUGGAAAAGAGAGCUAGAUGCACUUCAAAGGUGAUUGAGACCUUGCAAGGCAAACUUGCAUCAGCCCCUAGCCGAGCUGCCAUGGACCGUUUGGUGAGGAUGAAAGAAGUUGACUCGGUCUCUCGUAUGAGACGUCUAAGCAUAAAAAAUGCAGAUUCGGUAGAGGAUGGAGAUGAGGAUAAGCAGCUAAAAGGCCCGGAGGAAAGAGGAAGCGACAUUUCCUUUGGCCGCAAUGAAUUGCCCCGCAAACUGUCCCAUGGGAACUCUGUUUCCAAGCGCAUCAUCUCAUUGGCUGAAAAUGGGCUCUGGGACAACGUGAGUGAGAAGAAAACUGGAAGGGAUUUCGUUUCUUUAGAUGCCUACGAUCCCACCAGAGUUGAAAGGGUGUGAUGUGGAAAAGACACGAGUCUCAGGAGAUGUCUGCCUUCCGCAAAUGUUUUGCUGGUUUCCAACACAGGGAAAUAGCUUUAAGCUUCCUACAAGCAGUGACUUCAGAGUCUACUGACAAAGCCCUCGUCUCUGCCAGUGGGGGAAAUAAGUAGUUCAUAUCCCACAGCUUUACGGAGCUUGCAUGAAAGUGAGUGAGAGAGAGAGAGAGUGCACAAAAACCUCUCACUUUGGAACCAUCUGUUUUUUGUAGCAUUAGGCCUUAAUGCCUCUACUUGGCAUGGGUUGGUCAUUUUUAAAACUCUGCGGAGCCCUGUUCAGGCAGGAUGGUAAACAGGAUGAAGAUGGGAGGGGUGUGAGGGGAAGCUGGCUUUUGCUCUGUGCAAAAUGUAAACAGGGGAGAUUAGCAAAAUGAUUUUUGAAAGAAUGCGAAUUUUCUGAGCUUAAACCUCCGAACCUCUGCACCCUCAGCUUUGUUUAACUUUGGUCUUCGUAAAGCAGCCAGCCGGCGAGAGACCGCAUUUCCAGCUGAGGGGGGUGAGUGCCGAAGGGGAUGAAGACUGAUUGACUGGCUGUGAAAAUCAGCUUGGACUUCUAUCGUUUGAAGGGGCUUUGCUUUUUAAGUUCCUUACCUGGCAUCUGCAAACAAACAAACACAAAAAAAUGCCCCCUCCCCUCUCCCAGACAAAUCUAAAACAAAACAAAGUCAAGGCAUUGUUUUACAUGUAAUUACAACCUGUGCAGCCUCUGCCCCCAAUUUACUGUUUCAAACCAACACUAUAACCACCCUGGCUACUGUUUUGCACUCGCUAUUAUGAAGUUAGUUCUUUUCUUUUUUCCUCCCGUGGUUAUGUUUUUGUAGAUUGGACUAGAAACUCUUCGUAUGACCCAAUUGCUGGUUUAAUAGAGCAGAUCCUUGUAACAAGGCAACUUUUAAACAGAAUGUGAUCUCUAUUUUUCUACAGUAUUAAGCAAUUUGCUAACCGUUGGCGAGCAAGUUAAGAUAUGGGGUGACCCCCCCCCCUUUCUUAAGCUGACAGGCUGUUCAGAGGAGCUAGCAAAGAAGCGUUUACUUUUUAUAUCUAGUGCACAUUCCACACCAUCCUGUUCACAGCUGCAACUCUCUCUGUUGUAAAAAAAAGAAGAGGUAUGUGUGUAUGUGCAUAUGUGUAUAUAUAUCUCCUAUAAAGCAAAUAUGUAUGUUUUUAGAAAGGCCAAAGUUUUUAUUUUCUUAUUGGUUAGAUCACUGCUUCUAAGGACCCAACAGUGGCACCAAUAUUGCAGACUUGAAGAAGUGCACAUUUAUGAACGGAAUGAGUCAGAGUCUGUUGUGUCUUCCUUAGUUCUUGGGCGGGGGGUCCUGUCUCAUCCUUUAACUUCAGGAUAUGGAGGGUGCUGCUUCACACCUGUCUUCAGGUUGCCCGUGGCACAUAGGAAGUCACACAAGAAGAUGCAACUUUACCCAUUUGGGCUUUGGCUGGUACUGAGGUGCUGCAAAGGGGUUAAGGGAGCACCAGCCCCUGUGUCCAGGGUCAAGUCCAUGCUGGGGCUCUUAGGCCAGAUCUUAUAAGCAACUCAUAGCACUGGGCUGUCACACUCUAUGCAUCUGGAUUUUUAUAUUUCCCACUCAUUUUGUGUUUUUUUUAAAAAUGAUAGUUCUUGUGGCCACACCUAUUGUUGCCAAUCUUUAAAACAUUCCUUUCUCAAAAUAUUCCAAGUGUAUUUUGAAAGAACCUUGUACAUUCCCCUGGGAUUACAGCUGAUUUAACCUGUACAACAUGUAUUUAUAUAUAGAUAUACUUUUAAAUACGACCUUAUCUGUUUUUGUUUGCUAAAACACCUCUCAGUUUCCCCCCUCUUUCUGUUUGUAUUGGGCGUUUUAUAUGCUUUUGCCCCUCCCAACCUCCUAAAGCCAUGUUAUCUGUUAAGCAUUUCAAAUUCCUAGUAUCUUAUUUUUGGGAGAACGGUCCUAUUUGACCAAAUAUACAAAUAACCCACCUCUUGUGCUUUGGCAAUCACAAUUGCUUAUCUGUAAUGCCUGAUUCUAUUACAUAGAAUCUUUAUUAAAUAUUUAAAGUUUGUUAUACAUCUAAACAA